AUGGGCAAAAUUUUUCAAAUCGCCGCAACCGCCGGGGUUGCCAGCGCAAAUGAAAACUCCCCCUACGUAAAAAUCGACUAUACUUCCGAGCUGAAGGAGCAAAAAUCCCCCCUCCGCACUCACAGAAAAACAAUUGACGAUUGCCCGAACAGAGGUCGAAAAAUGUCAAUUUUCGAGGAGAUGGUGUGUGUCAUGUGUUUGGAGCACGGCCACUGUCCUCAUCCACCGGCUGGUUGCACGGUUGUGAAGUCGUCAGGAAGGGCUCGAGCGCCGGGUAGGGACCACCUGCACCCGGAGCCGCUGGUGGAAUGCCAGGUGUUACACACACCUGCAGUGCACAACUGUGAUGUUAUUUUCGUCCAUGGAUUAUAUGGUUCUCUUGGCAACACAUGGCGACAAGGCGACUGGAGACCAAAAUACAAAUCUGAACCAAACAAAAUACCUCUACUAAGACCUACAGACUGCAAAUGUGAUAUCGGACUUAACUCUACCCAGUAUAAAGUAAAUGAUUAUGAGGAUAACAUAAAUGAACUCACAUACAAAGAUAUGGAAGAAAAACUUUAUAAAGGCAUCAAAAAGAUUCUACCGAACGAAGAAGCUUUUAUAGCGGAGAAAUUUUACAAUAACACGUUUUUGGAUCAAGUCGAAAUAGUGGACAAUUACGAUAGUCAAGUUGAAUUCGUAAAAGAUUUAUUUCAAAAAGAGAACACGAUUGGUGAUAAUAAAAACGACUUGAAUGUCGAACGAAGAACAAAUGAAGUCGCCUGCAAAAUUAAUGAAGUCGACUGCAAAUGUAAAUCUGAGAAAGAAUGUAACGUAAAUGGAGUAUUUUCAAAAGUGAACCGAACUGAAUGUGAUAAUAAAGUGGUUGAAGUUAGGGAAUGUAGAGUGGGUUGCGGAUGUGUUUGUGAUAGAUGUUACUCGUCUUGUUGGCCCCGCGAUUGGAUAAAAGAAGAUUAUCCUGAUGCUAGAGUAAUUUCCAUAAACUAUACUAGUGAUCCUUAUCUCUGGCGGCCGCUAUGGAUAAAAGAAUCUAAAAGGUUGCGUCUGCAUGAGAGAGCAGAGCAAAUGACGAAACAGCUUUUAGAUUUAAGAGUCGGCGACAAACCAGUAAUAUGGGUUGGACAUUCCAAAGGAGGUUUAUUUAUUAAGCAAAUAUAUUGUGAAGCUUAUGAAGCGUACAAAAAAAUACAUAAUCAACGUUUAGUUAAAGAAGAAAUUAAAACUAGUAGUUUUAAACAAACAUCAAGUGAUAUAAUUAAUAAUAACAGUGAAAUCAAUAUACCAACAGACAGGGUGUUAGAACAAAGUAAUUUAUUAAAUGAGACUAAUUUUGAUGAUAAUGAAAAGAUAGAAUUAAAAGAUGUUUUGAGUAUUGAAAAUGAAAGAUAUAGCGGUGGAAUUAAUAAAACAGAGUUUAGUUGUAAACAGCUGUCUUCAGACCGUCAAGAAGACUAUAUGUCACAACAGUGUGGUCUAUGGAAGAACAGCGUUGGAUUCAUGUUCUAUUCCGUGCCCCACCGUGGAUCACCGCUCGCUGAUAUCAAGACCCCCAUCACAGCUAGGAGCAUCGAACUAUUGGAGAUCAGCAAAGAUUGCGGCCUAGUGGUCUCCCUGCAGGAACGAUGGCUGGCGGCGACGGCUGACUCUCGGCCACAAGUCCGCAGUCUAGUGGAGACCUCGCGCACCCUCAUGUCACUGCUGUGGCUAAGGAUAGUCAGCGUCCCAUCAGCAGACGCCGGUAUUGGUGCGUUAUACGGAGUGUCCGUUGAUCACAGGGAGAUAUGUAAACCGUCGAGUCGCCAAUGUCUUUUAUACAAAGAGCUGAUUGGUUUAAUGAACGCUGCCCUUAAACAUUGCCGAUGCGAAUCAUCACAAGAAAAUCACAAUACAUAAAUAAAAUAGGACAUUAAUAAGUAAAAAUAUUGUUUAUUUUGUUAUUGAUGUGUCAGAAGUAAUCAAAAAACACAUACAAAAUGAUAUUUUGAAAGUUGAACAAUUUACGCUUAGUCAUCGUAGUAACGUAAAAUAUCUUUCCACCGUUCAUACGACUUCUCUUCAGGGGUGGAUGCACACAUCAAUAAAAAUUGUAUUCCACCCGAAAACAAUCAAGUGCGAAGAGUAUUAACUCCUACACAAAAUAGUGCAAUUUUUCAAAACAGAAGUUUAUUAAAAUAUAUGACUCCGUAAUCAAGACUGUAGUGUAUAGGUCACUUGGGUAAUUAAAUCAGAUAUAGAAAUGUGACGUCACAACACUAUUAGAUUUGUGCGCAUGCCAAUCCUUUUUUUUUACAAAGGGAAAUGCAUGCACACUUCUCCUUGUGCACGCGCGGGUCAUCGACUUAAUAUGGAUCUCCUAAUUUUUGUAAGAUGUUUUAACUCUUACUAAAGUUAAAACAUCUUACAAAAAAGUGUUGAACAAAUGUAUGAACGGUGGAAAGUUUCAUAGAAAACCGAGUCAGACUAUCAGAAUUCAGUAAGGUAAAUUUACGCUUAAUAAAAUUUUAUAAUAAAAGCAAAAUUCAGUAUUGGUGACAUACUGUAAAGUCUAGGUAUUUGUAUUCGAAUAUUUUUGCAUUUGUUAAAUUGGUAUUGUAAGUGUUAAAAAUCGUUUGAAAAUUGUUAUUACGUAUUUGUAAAAAGGUGUUAAGGUAUUAUUUAGGGACUAUAAGACAUAGGUAACUAAGAGAAUAUUUUGUGCCACGAAUUGAGAAAUAUACAGGGAGUAUGUAAUAAAUGACAUCAUUUAAUUUUAUGACUUUACACUCUCUAAAUAGAUAUUUAAUGUUAAAGAGCCAUUCAAAAGAUGUUAUAGUAGAAUUAUGUAUAUAUUAGUAGAAACCAUUAUUUUCGAAAUCGAUAGAAUGAUGAGUUGCAGGGGAAAUUUUAUAUUUUUCAAUCCAUAUUUUUUAUUUUCUUUACCCGAGUCUUAUAAUUAAGUUUCCACCCCUUAAACACAGCUUUCUUGAGUGUUUAUUGGUGUACGCUGCCCUCUCAAUUAUUCGUGGAUUGAUUUGAAAUGAACCAGUUUUUCGUAAAAAGAAAUAUGGACUUAUAUAAUUUAUUAUGUGGACGGAAAAAAUGUUACCAGAUUUUUAUUAAAAUCAAAUUGUUGAAUAAGUUUAUUUUGCUAUGAACUUUUACAGUGUAUUAUGGGACUGUCCAUAAAUUACGUUAAUUAAUUCACCAUUCAGUAUAUACUUAUACUAGCUUUCUGCCUGCGGCCUCGCCCGCGUAUUCGUGUAUUAUACAUAAAAACCUUCCUUUUGAAUCACCCUAUCUAUGAAAAAAAACUGCAUCAAAAUCCGUUGCGUAAUUUUAAAGAUUUAAGCAUACGAUUAAGGAUAUAGGGACAGAGAAAGCGACUUUGUUUUAUACUGUGUAGUGAUAUGUAGAAUUUUGCAAUAAUAUUGAAUAUUAUUCCGUCACACUAUUUAUUAUUCGUCGACCCCUUCCCUAAUUUUAACAUGUGACGUAAUUUAUAUAUGGCCCCUAUGUUAAAAUAUUAUAAUAAUAAUAAUAAAAUACAUGACAACUAGUCUAU